CCUUAUAAUGGGUGGAAUGAAUCCCUCGUUAAACAUCGGGAGGUACACCGUUGUUUGACCAUGUACACAGAGGGACUGAAAACAAACUACUUGCAUCGAGGGGAUGGGCACCACACCGGGCAACAGGGUGCGAAAGCGCUGCCGGAUUUUGCGGCAGCGGUUCUGUUUCUUUCGGCGGUAGUGCGGAAGCGUUGCAGGAUUUUUGCGGCGGCGACUCGUGUUUUUACGGCGACAGUGCGGAAGCGCUGCCGGAUUUUUUGCAGCAACGGCACUGUUGGUGGUAACGAUAGUAUUUUUGCACUGAGUGGUAGUGGGGCGUUGACACGGAGAGAUACUUGGAGCACGGCGAGAUUUGACGACCCCGAGGUUAGUCGACGGAACUUUGGAACGACAAAGCAGUUUCUUACUGAAUUCGAGCGGGUGGCGCGGUUAGUUCCUGACCUCCCAGACAAGGAUCGUUGUCUUAUCUUUCUGGAUAAUUUCAUGGAAGUGGAGCAGCGAAAACUGGUGAGAGGGAUGCAGGGACGAUAUGACUGGCUGAAAAUUCGAGAGAACUUGCUGGUCAGGAACUUUGACCAGAUUAUCUAUCGGUUGUUGAAGCAGCAGAAGAAGGAUCGAGAGAGGGUACACUUGAUAGCAGAUAAGGACAAGGAGGUCUAUAAGACCUUAUCAGACAUGAAGGAAAUGAUGACCAACAUGAAGGAGGAGCAACUAAAGCUCCAAGUGAUGAUGGCCAAGGCAAGGACAGGGAAGAGAAAAGGAAAGGAGCCAGUUACUGAAGAAAGUAGCAGUGAAAGUGACGGUGAGGAGGAAAAAGAACCUCCUCGAAAGUUGACCAAGGCUGAGAGGAAAGCUUUGAACCAGAUACGAGGAGGACAAGGUACUUCUCGUAAACGAGGGGAAAAUACUAAGGAAAUGGAAACGGUGAGCGGCAAGUUGGCCAAGCGCAUCAAAGCCAAGGCCAGCUGGCUCGGCCAUAGGGUGGUCGAGGCUGUGGUAGAGGCCGCGGAAACGGUAGCAGACGGGGGAAAUGGCAGGACUAUGUCUGCAAAUAUUCUUGUGGACCGUAUUUUGGAAAGUCAACGCGAUUUGGUUACUCUGAAGGAGAUUCUGGUUGUUUCGUCAAAGCUCCGCGAGGAAUUUAAGCAGCGCAUGACUCGAAAGAAAGUCAUGACAGUUAAGUUAAGUGAGAUCGUUCCUCCGGAAGCUAACUGGGCGCCUCCUGGAACAAAGAUGGACUGGCGAUGUGUAGCCACUGGUCUUAUAAAAGUUCAAAUCGGUCGUGGAGAGUUUUCUGCGCUUGUAGAUGACGGGGCUGAAAUGAAUAUCAUGAGCGAGAAACAUGAGAUUGAGGCUGGAAUACCGAUCAAUCGCAAUGAUUUUGGAUUUUUGGUUGGAGCCAGCGGUGCAACUCCAUUUUGCGGUACAACUAGUGGCGUAAUGGUGACGGUCGGGAAGGUCAAGGCGAGAUCGUAUUUUUAUAUUUUACCAAAGGUGGAACACGAAGUGCUUUUGGGAAGAUCAUUUCAGUGUCGCACGGAGAACAUAAUCUUCAACAAACAUGAUGGUACCAUGUUUGUGGCUUUGUGCGAUCCGGUUUGUGGCUACUAUGAAGUAGUGAGGUGCGCGAAUACCAGACCGGAAAAUUCAAGGAACCGACUAAAUUCUGAAUCAUAUACCUUCUCGGGGUCAAAGAACUUGAGGAGGGAGAAAAAGGCGAUGGAGGAAGAAGGAGAUCCUCAGGAGUUUUCAUUGACAUUGCCAGAAAUCUCGCAAGCAAUCGAUUUUGUAUCAACCCAUCCUGGGAUUGAUCCAAACCAGUUCAAGAAGGAAACUCUCGUUGUGCUUCACUGUCUGCGUAUUUUCAGGAAUUAUGUACUUGGCAGGCGGUUCAUUCUACGAGUCGAUUCUACGGCUCUGGCUCAAUCGUUGAAGAACUAUCCUCCUUCCGAUCCAACCAUUGCUCGAUGGCUGACAUACAUUUGGAUGUUCAAUUUUGAAAUUGAACGUAUUUCAAGCACUCACAAUCGCGCAAAUGGUUCGAGUCGCGUUGACUGGGACUCGUCGACGGAUCAGGCUAAGGAUUCUGUCCCUGUGGAUGGGUUCUUGGAGAGAGAAGAGUCACAAUUAAGUAUCAACUCGUAUGCUUACUUGGCGGAUGCAGUUGCUCGACAUGGGAAGACUAUUUGGAAUGCUCCUAGCUUCCAUCAUGUGCGGCCUGAGCUAGUGAUGGGGGAGCCAUUUAUUGAGGAAGACCCAUGGGGUGAAAGGACAUCAGAGCAAAUGAUGAGCUUGGCUUUAUUUGAUGAAGUCGAGCUUAUCAAAGAGCCGCUGACAAUUGAGUAUGGGCACGAGCAAGUUGAUAAGACGUUGAGGAUCGCUGGGGAAAUGUCUUUCCUUGUGAAUUCUCUAAUUUACGAGGACCGCCUGAAGAUGAUGAAUGAAGAAGCAGAAGGCAGCGAGAUCAGAGAAGCUUUCAGGGAAGGAGAGUAUGAUGGGGAGUAUAGAUUAAUGAAAAUGUGGUUGAAUGGCGAGUUGAGGGAGGAUGAGGUGGAUCCAGUUGUUCGCCAGAAGAGUAAGGAUUUUGUUGCCCGUGCACCAGCAGCAGCAACGAUCGAUUCAUCAUCAGCUGGCCAGCAAUGGGGCCCACGUGUAGCAGCAAUCGAAAGUACAACCACCACCACCACUCAGCGCAUUGAUCGCACCAUUAACCUGCUCGGAGAGGUGGGCCAGUUCGAGGCUCCAACGACGCUCAACAACCAAGUGACGACACUCAGAGCCGAGCUGGGUCAGCUGAAGUCAAGAUCUAACAGCAGUAGGACAUACAAGAUGCCCAAUUUCAACGUAGCCAAAUUUGACGACUAUCACAAGACCGACCCGUUGACAUGGUGGACUGCAUACAACACGGAGGCUGACGUACAUCACGUCCCUGAUGAUCAGCGCCUCAACGCGCUGUACCUCAAGCUGAUUGGCGACAACCAGGCCUUCAUGAACAAUUUGGCGUUGCAAAAAGCCUGUACGAUCGCAACUCUGCACACCAAGAUUACAUGGGACGAGUUCGAGCAGUUGUGGCAGACGCGGUUUAUGAUCCGAAACGUGAGGAAGACGGUCAUGAACGAGCUCUACCAUCGCAACCAAGGCACUAUGCCUACCCGAGAAUGGUUGACGAAGUGGCAAAAGUUUGUUGCCACUCCGAAAUUCAACCUCGAUCUCGACGAUUUGAGAUCUGAGUUCUUCUCUCGAUCAUGCAACGGGCUGACUACAGCUCUUGGCAACAAGUUGCAGUAUGAGACCUUCGAUGCAGUAAUAUCAAGAGCUAACAUUCUCAUACAAACGGACCGGCGGGCGGCCAAUGAAAGUCGCCAGCUUCGCACGGCCAAAUACAAAGCAAAUCGCGACAAGUGCAAAUUCGCACAGCAAGAGCUCGAGUACUUGGGCCAUUAUGUUACACCGCAAGGCAUUCGUCCCUUAGCAGACAAGAUCCAAGCCAUCGUGUACUGGUCAGAACCCCUUACCACUACGGACGUACACUCGUUCAUGCGUCUAGCUGGAUUUUACCAGCGUUUUGUCGACUCUUACUCCAAAGUUGUUGCACUAUUGUCGAGGCUUCAAUCUCCGAAGGUGCCCUUCGAGUUCGACGACGCAAUCCAAACUGCAUUCCAGGCGUGGAAGGAUGCGAUGCUUCGCACUCCCACCCUCCGCAUUUAUGAUCCUGCGUUACGUACCCGAGUGACUAUGGACGCUUCCGGAUACGGCAUUAGUGCGAUAUUGGAACAACAUGACGACGGUGAUUGGCACCCAAGUGAAGGAGGUGGAGUGGAUGAAGGUGUGAAGGUGCUUGGCUAUGGAGGAUGGGUGAAGGAGGUGGAGUUGGAAGGUGUGGAGGUACUUGGCUAUGGUGGAUGGGUGAAGGAGGUGGAGGUGGAAGAAGGUGCGAAGGUGCUUGGCUAUGGUGUGAAGGUGCUUGACUAUGGUGGAUGGGUGAAGGAGGUGGAGGUGGAUGAAGGUGUGGAGGUACUUGGCUAUGGUGGAUGGGUGACGGAGGUGGACGUGGAAGAAGGUGUGGAGGUACUUGGCUAUGGUGGAUCGAUGAAGGAGGUGGAGUUGGGAGAAGGUGUGAAGGUGCUUGGCUAUGGUGGGUGGGUGAAGGAGACGGAGGUGGAAGAAGAUGUGGAGGUACUUGACUAUGGUGGAUGGGUGAAGGAGGUGGAAGUGGAUGAAGGUGUGAAGGUGCUUGGCUAUGGUGGAUGGGUGAAGGAGGUGCAGUUGGAAGAAGGUGUGGAGAGGAGGUAUUGGGAUAACGGGGAGCAGGGCUUGUGUGGGGUGGAAGUGAUAGUGGAUGAAGUCAUGAGGGGUUUUGACUGGGAGGGAAUGGUUGAUGAUUGCAUGACGGCGGGGGUUGUCGUCUUGGUGACCAAGGUGGAGGCAGUGGUGGAUGAAGGCGGAGGUGUGGAUAGCGUGCUAGUGGAGAGGACGGUGGGUGUGGGGGACGAGGUGAUUGGUGUAGAUUUGGAGGCGGAGGAUGGGGGAAGGGUGGUGGCACCCGAGGUGGGGGGGGGGAUGUGGUGGUGACGACCUGGAUGGCAGGGCUGUGACUUUCAAUGGUGGUCACCCGAGCAGAGAUGGUGGAAACAAAUGUUUUGAUGUCGU